CUCUCCUAUCCCCAUCUCGGUUGGGGUGGGGAGUUUUAAUCCAACUAGGUUACGCCCCAAAUUUGAUGACAGAGUAGGCAGCGUCGGAAUGCCGACAAAUCAAUGGCUGCUGCAAGCCUCCCUCCCAUCAUUUUCCUGUGGGUUAUUUUCAUCUCGUUGUUGUCAGUGUGACGGCACGUCUGUCUGGUCUGUGCAUAACCUGUUCAUCUGCUUUGGUAUUCCAGAGACCAGGAAGGGAUCCUUCACCGCCAGGAUGCAGAGAGGAACUACAGUCUCUAGAUCUUGUGAAUGACCACCAUGCAACUUCUGAUGAAUAGCUCUUAGAGUGUCGUCUUCAUGGUUGAUCGACGGCUCACAGUGAUCUAAACAGUGCCUCUUCGUUGUGUCAUGUUGGAGUGUUUUGAGAUUCUAAAGUUCUAACACUAGAAGGCAACACUUCUAACACCAACAGGAGAAUGCUGUAGUGCUUUAGGAUUGGAAAAAGGAGUGGUUGGCCUGUGGUUUUGAGAGAAUGAGAAGAUAACGAGAAAGACUUGGGGGAUGACAGAAUCCCGAACUGCGGGUAUUUACGGACUCAGAGGAGGACAGUAUUCCAGUUCACAUAUUCAACACAGUCAACAAUGACGUCAUGGGGCUUCCACUUCCUUUAGUCGACAUGAGAACACUUUCCCCCACAGACUCAUUGGGAUGUUCAUCGACACUUUCCUGAGGCUUGCUGAUCCUGAGGUGUGUUGUCAUUGUUUUGUUGUGUGUUGACUGACACAUUGGAGAGGAGCCAUAGAUACCACCGGUACAGAUGUCUUCCUCAGGCGACACAGUGGGCCCAGGCAGGAUGGGACUACUACCCAGGGCUGACACAGUGGACCCUUACAUGAUGGGACUAGGACCCAGAGCUGACACAGUGGACCCUUACAGGAUGGGACUAGGACCCAGGGCUGACACAGUUGACCCUUACAGGAUGGGACUAGGACCCAGGGCUGACACAGUGGACCCUUACAGGAUGGGACUAGGACCCAGGGCUGACACAGUGGACCCUUACAGGAUGGGACUAGGACCCAGGGCUGACACAGUGGACCCUUACAUGAUGGGACUAGGACCCAGGGCUGACACAGUGGACCCUUACAAGAUGGGACUAGGACCCAGGGCCAAGCCAGGUGGAGUAACGAACAGGCUGGGACCCAGAGGGACUCCAGCGGGGCUGAGGCUAGGCCUGUGGAUCCUGUGUUUCAGCUGGUUCUGCUUCACUGCUCACGCUCAGAUGAAGAUACCACCUGAGACGGUCCAAGUUUGGGCAAAUGUCCUUUCAGUGCAACUACGCGAGGCUGCCACAAGAUACUCGGGAGCUAACAUUCUGCAAAAGAAAUUCAGAGAUGUAGAGUCCAUUAUCAAGAUAGUGGACAUCGAUGGUAGAGCCCAAGUGAGGGACUUUUCAGAGGACAUAGAAAGAAUGCUGGGGUCCAAGAUGAAGUCCGUUAAGCGAUUGGCUGAGUCUGCGGAGGAUGCAGAUUUGUACCACGAGUUCAACAAAACUCUACAGUUUGACUACUAUAACUCCAUGCUGGUGAACACAAUGGAUGACGAUGGUAACUUCAUAGAGCUGGGUGGGGAGUUUCCUCUGGAGGAGAAUGAGCAUUUCAACAACAUCCCAGUCAACACAAUGCAGAGUGACGUACAGGUCCCCACCAAUGUCUACAACAAAGAUCCCUACAUCCUCAAUGGAAUCUACAUGUCGGAGGCUCUGAAUGACGUGUUCAUCAAUAACUUCAAGAAAGACCCCACCCUCACCUGGCAGUACUUUGGCAGCUCCUCAGGUUUCUUCAGAAUCUACCCUGGUAUCAAAUGGACUCCAGAUUCAAAUGGUGUGGCUGCUUUUGACUGCAGGAACCGUAACUGGUAUAUUCAGGCGGCCACCUCACCAAAGGACAUUAUCAUUGUGGUGGACAUCAGUGGCAGUAUGAAAGGCUUGAAGAUGACCAUUGCCAAACACACCAUCAACACCAUCCUGGACACGCUGGGGGAGAACGACUUUGUCAACGUCAUUGCUUACACUGACUACGUGCGCUACGUAGAGCCCUGCUUCCAAGGCACUCUGGUGCAGGCUGAUUUGGACAACCGUGAGCAUUUUAAGGUGCUGGUGGAUGAGCUGCAUGUGAAGGGAGAGGGUAAAGUUGCGAAGGCCAUGAAGGAAUCGUUCAAAAUCUUGAACGAGGCAGCGACCAAGGGCCAAGGCAGCCUGUGCAACCAGGCCAUCAUGCUGAUCACAGAUGGAGCCAUGGAGGACUUCAAGGACGUGUUUGAAGAGUUCAACUGGCCUGAUCGCAGGGUGCGGCUCUUCACUUACCUAAUAGGCAGAGAGAUGACCUUUGCGGACAACACCAAGUGGAUAGCCUGCAACAAUAAGGGUUACUACACACACAUCUCCACUCUGGCUGACGUACAGGAGAAUGUCAUGGAGUACCUUCAUGUCUUGAGUCGACCAAUGGUCAUCAAUCACAAUCAUGACAUCAUCUGGACGGAGGCCUACAUGGACUCAGUGCUCUUUGCCACAAAGGCUCAAAAUUUACUUCUCAUGACCUCCGUGGCAAUGCCUGUCUUCAGCAAGAAGAAAGAGACGCUGUCCCAUGGGAUUCUGCUGGGUGUGGUGGGUUCUGACAUCCCCCUGCUGGAGGUCAUGAAGUUGGCUCCCAGAUAUAGGCUGGGUCCACAUGGUUACGCCUUCCUCAUCACCAACAACGGUUACAUCCUGGCACACCCUGACCUACGACCUCUUUAUAAAGAUGGUAAGAAGCUGAAACCCAAGCCCAACUACAACAGUGUGGACCUGGCCGAGGUGGAGUGGGAGGACAUAGAUGAGACACUGAGGACAGCCAUGGUGAAAGGGGAGACGGGCACUCUGUCCUUAAACAUGAGAGCAUCAGUGGACAAAGCGAAAAGGCCUAUGUUCUUAACAAAUGACUAUUUCUACACAACCAUCAACGACACCCCAUUCAGUUUUGGUAUGGUGCUGACCAGAGGUCACGGACAGCUGAUGUUCAUGGGGACGGUCUCUGUGGAAGAGGGCUUGCAUGACCUGACGUCCCCUGAUCUAUCCAUAGCCGCUGACUGGACAUACUGUGAGACAGACAUUGACCCUCACCACCGCAAAUACUCUCAGCUCCAGGCUGUCAUUCGCUACCUGCAGGGGAAGGAGCCUGACCUGGAGUGUGACGAGGUGCUGCUGCAGCAGACCCUGUUUGAUGCUGUGGUGACAGCCCCCUUAGAAGCCUACUGGCAGGCAAUAAUGCUCAAUGCAUCUGGGAUGGAGGCGGGUGUGGAGACAGCCUUCCUGGGAACUCGCUCUGGCAUCAUCCGGCUGACCAGAUACACCGGCAUGGAGACCAGGGUCGCCAAGAAGUUCCUGACUCCAGCGGAUAAGGACAACCUGUUCACCAUGGACCACUUCCCCCUGUGGUACCGUCUGGCCAUGGAGAACCCUCCCGGAAGAUUCCUCUACUACAUGCCGGUGGAGGACAACGAUAACAAAGACAAGACAGGGGUGUCGAAGUAUGUCAUAGCUGUCACAGCUGUGACUGUGUCAUCGGGAGGCAAGACAGCCAUGGCUGGAGCCAUCGGGGUGCAGAUGUCCUUGGAAAUGCUGGAGAAGAGGCUAUGGGCCAUUACCUUUCAGCCCAAUGACACAGACUGUACUGAAGUGGAAGGUGUCUGCCCUCUCACCUGUCAAAGCAUUGAUGUCAACUGUUUCCUUGUGGACAGCAACGGUUUUAUCAUAGUCUCAAAAGAGAGGUCAGAGGUCGGACGUUUCUUCGGGGAAGUGGACGGGUCUGUGAUGACAGCGUUGAUCAAGUCAGGCAUGUUCAAGCAGGUGUCGCUGUAUGACUACCAGGGUAUGUGUAGAUCAGGACACAGUCACUCCAGUAGUGCUCGGCCUCUGCUCAGUCCUUUCUACGGCCUUGCGGCAGUGAUCAAAUGGUUCUUUUCUCACAUGUUGAUGUUCUUAAUGGAGUUCAACUUCUGUGGGUUGUGGCACUCGGAUUACAUCGUAGACGCCAAGGCUGGCUACCAUACAUCCCAUAAAGCCAAGAAGGUUGACGCGCUGCAGCCGUGUGACACAGAGUAUCCUGGCUUCGUGUACGAUUCCUCCAUCAGAGAGACCAACAGCCUCAUCAAAUGUGGCCGUUGUCAAAAGAUGUUUGUGGUGCAGGCGGUUCCUGAAAGUAACCUGGUGUUGAUGGUGGUCCAGGCGGACUGUGACUGCUCCCGCCAGUACUCCUCCAUCACACUGGAGCCCAAGGAGGUCAAAUACAAUGCAUCAGUCAAGUGUAACAGGAUGAAAUCUCAGAAAGUCCGCCGGCGCCCAAACUCCUGUCACGCCUAUCAUCCUAAGGAAAAUGCCAAGGACUGUGGAGGAGCUUCCGAGAUCAGCCUAUCGGUGGCCGUCUUCUUGACUUCUCUGGCCACUUCAUUGGCCCUCUGAAGAUGGACAUGACAAGGUUCCACCUCUCUUAUGGCCGUUCACAUUUCCUUUUUGUAUAUUUUCUGAAAGACCUUUAACUACAUAAAGGACCUACCAACACAGUAGUUAAAGUCAAUUCCGGAGCAAGGGCUAUUUUCUAGUAAGACUCCUUUUCCCACAAUGAGAGAGAAAGAGACUCAACAGUCCAAACAAAUGCCACAUUUCUAUGCUUGGGACUCUUUUGCAUGAGCCAUGGGAUAUGAACUUGUGGACAUGCGAGGCAAUGAGAGACUGUUAUUUUCAUGGAGACACUAAUAUAGUAGGACCUACCCUGCCCUCUGCUGGACAAUCCAUCUGAGUGCAGACUGAAAGACAACCACCCUGACAAACUCACUCAACUGGAGAACUGUUGCCACGUGCAAAUCAACAGGAACAUAGAAUGUUUGCUUAUUUCAGAUUUUUAUACACAGUAACAUUAAGCUGUAUUGUAUUAAAACAAUUUUUUAUGUUGAAAUGAACUACUGUACCAUAACUGUGUGUUAUGAAAUAGGAAUAUUCAUAUUUUUGUGGUAUACUUGAUGAACAUUUGCAAUAAAUAAUAAAUAAUGUAUGUCAUUA